CUUUUGCCCUUUCGCUGGAAUCGAAGAAGGGGCUUCUGCUUCCUCUUGGCGAUCCCUUGGAGCGGAAUCGGUAAACGACAAGACGACAGAGACACCAAGUUGCCCUGUGUAAACAUGCAUUCAGGAUCCUGCUAAAAUGAUCUAGAGCAGUACAUAAACUACAUGUUUAGCCAUAACAUUGAUGCAAACAGUGGACAAUCUACUACUUACAGACUAUGUCCACCAUUGGGACAAUGGCAGUGGUGACACAAGCUUUGAAGGACUAGUGAGAAUGGCAGGCCUAAGUCGAUGUGCAAGAAGCUGCCGUCUCCGCUGGCUGAAUUAUCUGCGUCCUGAUAUUAAGAGGGGGAACAUAUCCCAUGAAGAAGAGGACCUUAUUAUCAGGCUUCAUAAUCUCUUGGGAAAUAGGUGGUCUUUGAUAGCCGGAAGACUACCUGGUCGAACAGACAAUGAAAUCAAGAACUAUUGGAACACAGUCCUAAAGAAGAAGGUACAAGGUCAGUCAGUCGACAUGCAUUCAGGCGAAGACGAGCAUAUGAAUGGCAAGAGCCAAGAAACGACCAGAUGCCCGAAAUUUGGGAAUUCAACUGGCCGCAACGACCCUCCCUCUUUUCCUCAGCAUGGGAAAAACAAGUUCGGAGAGUCGCUGGUCGAUGGAGAUUUCUUUUCAGAAACUUCUUUCUUAGCACCCGAAGAUUGUGACCUAUUUAAUCCACUGAUGGAUUCCAACCAUGAGGAGCUUUGUCCAAGACACUUUCUGGACCUGAACUUCUUCGAAAUCUUUGAGAGCAAUCUCCCAAAAGAACAUGAAACUUUGUGGUGGUGGUGAUCCUUGUGUAUCUCCGGAUAACAGUGUGUUUUGGGGGACAUUGUCAAAUUAUAUGCCGGUAUGGACAUUAAAUUAUUUGCUGUAAACUUUCCAGUCUGAGUCAUAGUAUUGGAGCCUGCUGAGUUAGAAGUGUAAGCUGCUCUCAGAAAAUGUUGUGUUAAAAUGUCGGCAUCCCUAUUGUGUACG